AUGGACCUCCCCGAGACCAUGCGUGCUGUGGUCUUCCGCGGUCCCUAUGAGGUGGCCGUGGAGGACCGGCCCACCCCCCAGCUACAAACCCCCAAGGAUGUCAUCCUCAAGGUGUCUGCCUCGGCUUUAUGCGGCUCCGACCUGCACUUCUACCGCGGCCACCUGAAAUGCCCCACCAAUUUCAUCUGCGGCCACGAGUUCGUCGGCACCAUCGCGGAGAAAGGCGAGGAGGUAACCAACUUUGAAGUCGGCGAUGAAGUGGUGGUCCCCUUCUACGCGACCUGCCAGGAAUGUUAUUACUGUGUGCGUGGACAAGCCAGUCGAUGCAGUCAGGGCUUCCUGUUCGGCAACUCGGCCCCGGCCAACACCAUCGACGGCGGACAGGCCGAAUACGUGCGGGUGCCCCUGGCCUCAACCACCCUGGUCCCCAAGCCCUCCAGCGUCCCCGACCAUAUGCUCGUCCUUAUGGCCGAUAUCUUCCCCACCGGAUACUUCGCGGCCUCACGUUUCCUCGCCAAUCUGACCCAACGCGACCGUAACGAAUACACUGUUGCCAUCGUGGGCUGCGGGCCCGUGGGCCUAUGCACUAUCGUGAGCGCCCUCACCAUGGUCUCGACGGUCUACGCCAUCGAUUCCGUCCCCGAGCGCCUCACCGAAGCCGAACGCCUCGGCGCGAUCCCUCUCCCUCUCUCCUCGGAUCCCGUCGCCAAGAUCCGCUCGGUGACCGACGGUCGUGGCGCGGACGUGGUCAUCGAAGUCGUCGGCCAUGCUGACGCCUUCAUGAUGUGUUUCGACAUGGUCCGCCCGUGGGGCACCAUUCACUCGAUCGGUGUGCAUAGCGAGAUGCUGCCGCUGAAUGGGCAGCUGUGCUACGGCAAGAAUGUCACCAUGGCCUUCGGACGCUGCCCCGUGCGCAGCAUCUUUGACGAAGCCCUGGGCGUCUUCCAGAAGGUGUACCCCAAAUUGGAAUUCCUGUGUAGCCGCGUCGUGCCCCUCGAGGAGGCCCCGCAGGCGUAUCGGGACUUUGAGGCGCGAAAGGCGCAUAAGAUUGUCUUUCGACAUGGGGGGUGA